GAAGAAUGUCGUCGCGCCGCGCUGUGCUUCGAUACUAAAAUGGCGGAUGUCCCAACUAUAGAAAGAAAAGUAAAGCUAACUAAAAACGGCAAAGUUGUAAAGAAACGAUCACGUAAUCCUGAAGAAUGGCACAAACAAAAACAAAAGCGAUUGAGAAUUGCUGGUUUAGAAUACAUAAAUGCAAAUGGAAAAGUUGUACCACCUAAACAGCCUGGUCCUGAUUGUAAUUGUCGCCGAAGAUGUUUUCAAAAGGUUCCUGAAGAUGUAAGAUUGAAAACUUUUCAAGGAUUUUACUCAAUGAAAUCGCAUGAUGAGCAAAAUGCAUACUUAUUUGGUUUAAUGAGACAAGUGGAUGUGAAAAGAAAAAGAGUGAAAUCUAGUAGUCGAAGAACAUGCACUUUUGAAUAUUUUGUUAGAGUAAAAGGAAGAGAAACUCAAGUAUGCCAAACAGCUUUCAAAAAUAUCCAUGCAAUUACUGAGAGAAAAGUCAGAGUCCUCUGUAAGAAAAUGGAUGAUGGAGUCAUGUUUCCCAGUGACAAUCGAGGAAGGAACAGCCAUCGUCGUUCAGGUGAAGUGCGUCUACCAUCAGGUGUGGUUGAUCAAAUUAAAAAUCACAUUUACUCUAUUGUGCACACCCACCGUCUAAAGGAUUUUAUAAGGCUAGAUAAGAUUGCUGGCUUAGAAAUAAACAUUUCUAAAAUGUGGAAAGAUUAUAUAAAAGCUUAUGAUCCAGAUAAUAUUACAGCAACACUUCCAAAAUCUAAGAGAAAUAUGGAAGUCCCAAUAGUAAACGAACCAAUACCAGCACCACCACCACCACCUCAAGAGCCAUCAUUUGCCCCUAUAGCUUAUCCUGGUAGUGGGCAUCUUGUUAACAUUGCUGAAAAUUAUUUCCAAAACCAGUAUCAAACCACUGCUAUAGCCACCAAUCCUCCAACAAAUUUCUACCAACCACAGAAUGGCAGCCAAACUAUGGGACUUCUCCUGCCUACUAGACCUGCACAACCUGCUUAUAUUGUACUACAAACAAAACAGGAACCUCAACAAAUAACCAUUGAUAAUAAUGCUUAUGAUCAACCUACAGAUGUUAUUACCAAGCCAGAGAAGGAGGUUAAAGUCAAAUUAGAAAAAAGAAGAGGACCUCUGGUGAAGCAGUGGAGGUAUACUAACAUAUUCCAUGAUGAGAUUAAUGGGGCAGCAUUGGCUGCAAUUAAGACAAGGUUGGGUAUGUAUUAUGCUGAAUCUGAUGCAGCUAGAAAAAAAGCUAAGCAACAAGCACGCCCGUCUGAAACAGUCCAAACUCAAACAUCCCCUGAGCAAAUAAGACCUACACACACUUUAACCAUUUAUACUUAAGGGUUGUUGUAGGUACGUGACAUUCAAUUUAUCACCUGAAUCAUUAAAAAAAUAUCUAAACUUUUCCUGGUGUGUAACAAGAAGAUUCCACUAUGGUAUUGGAGAGUGAAA